UUUUAGAAGCACAUUUAGUCGCCGCCAUGGAACGUGAACGCGUUACGCCCAAAAGUUAUCCGACCAACCUCAUAGACAAGGACUGGUCCAAACGGGAAUUGUUCUUCAGAAACAACUCGAAGGCUUAUCUGGAUAGUGUGCACGAUCUGCAGCUGCGAGACGAUGAUGUGUGGGUGGUAACGCUGCCGAAGUGUGGCACCACCUGGAUGCAAGAGCUCUGCUGGCUGCUGAUGAACGAUUGCAACUUUGAGGCUGCGCUGGCCAAAGAUUUGGAGCUGCGCAGUCCGUUUGUCGAGUUCCACUUUUAUACACAUGGUGAUGACGGCAAGGUGUUUGCACCCGUCCAAGACAUGACCUCGCCACGGCUCAUCAAGUCGCAUCUGCCGCUGCCUCUGCUGCCCGCCCAGCUCUGGCAGGGGAGACACAAAGUGGUGUACGUGUUCCGUAAUCCCCUCGAUGCCUUGGUCUCGCGCUACUAUCACGGCGUCACUUUUGGCCACUGCUACGGCAAGACGCUGUCACAGUACAUAGAAGAGAAUCUGGCCACCGAUGCCGCACUCAGAGAGGCCAUCGAGCACGCCCACGAGUUCUAUCAGCUGCGCCACGAGCCGUGGCUGUACUACACCAGCUUUGAGCUCAUGAAGAAGGAUCUCCGCGCUGUCGUCGAGGACCUGUGUCGCUUUCUGAAUAAGCCCAUAGAGGAUCAGCCCAUGGAACAACUGCUCAAGCAUUUGUCUUUCGAAGAGAUGAAGAAUAACCCCACAACCAAUCAUCUGUGGGAGCUCAAGCAAAUAACGCACAAAGAUGCGGGCAAGGAGAAGCACAACUUCGUUCGUCGUGGCAAGGUGAAUGGCUACAAAGACGAAUUGCCCCGCGAGCAGAUCGAUCGGGCGAACGUCUACAUGCAGCAGUGUCUACUGGAGAAGGGGAUAACUCUGGAGGAGCUGCUGCUGCUGCCAAGAAUUGAAUCUUAAUUGAUGGUUGCUGAUUUUGAGGUGUUUUGUGGGCACAUUUUGUGGCACCCACUCACAAAUUCUCUUUCGUUUUAAUUUUGUAUAAAAACCCAAUAUCAGAGGGACACGCAUAAUAAAUAGAUAAAUACUAACUAU